AUUUAAAAGACUAACACAUUCUACUGAUUUUCUUUUAAGCACACCUCUGAAGCAGGUGAUUUACUCAGGACAGAAUGUCGUGCGGUGGAAUGAAGUCGUUUUUGAAGAGCUUGUCUCGGAGAAAGCCCUUGGAGCCUGAGGGAGAGCAGUCCACAUUUCACCGAUGUCUUACCACUGUGGACCUGGUGGCCCUGGGUGUAGGCAGCACUUUGGGGGCCGGGGUGUAUGUCCUCUCUGGAGAGGUAGCAAGAGUCUCUGCGGGACCCAGCAUCAUCAUCUCCUUCUUAAUCGCCGCCCUGGCCUCCAUAUUCGCCGGUCUGUGCUAUGCAGAGUUUGGGGCCCGGGUUCCCCAGACCGGUUCGGCUUAUCUGUACAGCUACGUGACUGUCGGAGAGCUGCUGGCUUUCAUCACAGGGUGGAAUAUGUUGCUGACCUAUGUCAUAGGGACAGCGAGUGUGGCACUGGCAUGGAGCAGGACAUUUGAUGACCUCAUUGGGGGCUACAUAUCUCAAUACUUUGAGACCCAUGCAGCCAUGGGCCUUCCUGGACUGGCACCGUACCCAGACAUCUUUGCUGCUGCUUUAAUCAUGCUCCUGUCAGGUCUGCUGGCUUUUGGAGUGAAAGAGUCGACAACGAUCAACAAGAUCUUCACAGGGAUCAACAUCGUGGUGCUGUUGUUUGUGAUCAUUUCUGGGUUCAUAAAGGGAGAUAUCGCCAACUGGCAGAUCAGCGAAGAGACCUUGCUCAAUGAAACAGCAGUCCUGAAAAACUUGACUUCCACUGCCAAUCUGACAAGUGACUUUGGAGUCGGUGGAUUUUUCCCGUAUGGGUUUACUGGAACCUUGGCUGGCGCUGCAACGUGUUUCUAUGCUUUUAUUGGAUUUGACUGCAUUGCUACAACAGGGGAGGAGGUGAAGAACCCCCAAAAGUCACUCCCUGUGUCCAUCAUUGCCUCACUGUUGAUCUGCUUCUUGGCCUACUUUGGUGUGUCUGCUGCUCUCACACUAAUGAUGCCCUACUAUGCUCUAAACCAAAAGAGCCCCUUGCCAGUCGCCUUUGACUAUGUUGGAUGGGGUCCUGCCAAAUAUGCUGUGGCUGUGGGAUCACUCUGCGCACUUUCCACCAGCCUGCUGGGAUCGAUGUUUCCAAUGCCUCGCGUAUUGUUUGCCAUGGCAAGAGAUGGCCUGCUUUUCAAAACCCUGAGCAGAGUCACCUCCAGGGGGAGUCCUGCUAUCGCUACUAUAGCUUCUGGAACUGUGGCAGCUAUCAUGGCUCUGCUGUUUGAUCUGGCAUCCUUGGUGGAUUUGAUGUCCAUUGGAACUCUGUUUGCUUACACACUUGUGGCCAUAUGCAUUCUAAUACUGAGGUACCAGGCAGAUCCAUCAGAAAAAUCAGGCCCGCGGGAUGUCAGCUCAAAAACAAAGUUAGCCUGCCUGAAGCCCCCUUCAUCUCCGUCUGCUGUCACCUCAAAAACAGUGACAAUCUUGACUAUAGUCUGUGUGGUGUGUAUAGUCGCACUGUGCGUCACAGUGACUGAAGCUUUAGACGCGCUGUCUCGCUUCGAAGCAUGGAGCCUGUCCUGUGUCUGCAUCCUGGUCGUCGGGAUACUGCUCAUCCUGUUUUUUAUCUGGAGACACCCUCAAAAUACCAACAAGGCAUCAUUCAUGGUGCCGAUUGUCCCUUUGCUGCCCUUACUGAGCACGUUCAUCAACGUCUACCUGAUGGAGCAGUUAGGUGAAGACACGUGGAUACGAUACGCUGUCUGGAUGUUAGUGGGGUUAAUCAUCUAUUUUGGCUACGGAAACCGUAACAGUAUUCAGAAACAGCGUCUCAUGGCCGGCCAGAUGAAUAUUGAAACAGUCAGCAGCAAAUCAGACAAGGGGAUCAUUCAUGAAGAAAAAUUCUGAGCUCAGCCGUACAGUGGAAAGUGAAAGAUUAAGAUGCUACUCUGACCUCUGUAACUAUGGAAACGUGCUGAACUGUUUCUACUGUUGUGAAAAAUGUGUCUCGUACAAACAGGCCAGUCGACUGACUCUUGUUUGACAUAUAUUACACAUCGAUGCAGUGUGCCAGUGAUUUUAACAUUUCAUUUGUCUGGUAGCAACAGCCUGACUAAAUUAAAUUUUUGAACAUUUUAACAUUGCUGUGUGAAGAACAGGGACUGACAAUGUCAUGUUUUACACAUUUUCAGCAAGUCAAUGGGUUUCUCAGAACAGAUUUUAAAAUUUGUAAAAAAAACAAAAAAAAAACAAAAACAAAGUAUAAAUAAAUAAAAAUACAUGAACACCAAAAUUAUGCAUCCUACAAUAA